CAACCUUAAUAACUUUUUAAUUAAUAAUUUUUAAUUAUAGAACAUUUUUUAUUUUUUUUGAGUACAUAAAUAAUUAAAUAAAAAUGUCUGAUGAAGAAUUUUAUCUAUGUGCGACGGGAUCGAUUGAAUAUGGAGAGUUUUACGAGAUUGAUAAUGCAUAUUGUAAAUACGGUUAUCACUUUGGACCGGAAUGGAAUAUUGUUGGGGGUAUUGAAGAAGGUUUGACACAAAUGAGCAAGUGCAGUAAUGAUGCCAGGCGUCUAACAUCCUGGAAUUUUCCUUUAGACGCAACUUUUAAAUCUACAACACCUCAUGGAUGGCCGCAAUUAGUACUGUCGGUUUACGGCUUAGAUUUUUUUGGCCAUGAUGUAGUGAGAGGAUACGGAGUUUGUCAUAUACCUUUCUCAUCAGGUCGCCAAGAAUCAAAGAUUCCAAUAUACGUACCUGAAUCUUCCUCAACGUUGCAUCAUUUCGCUGCAUGGAUAACUGGUAAACGUCCCGAAUUAAUUGAACCAUCAAUCUUAGCAUCCGGUUCUGGCCGAGAACGUAAUAUUGAAUUAUUAAUUAUUGGAUAUUGGAUAUUAGAACUGCAAAGAAACGGACAUAAUUUUAAAAUUAUCAGAUAUGCUAUCCAUUCAUUUAGUUCUGAUAGCUUUUUUCCUCGGAACUAACAAUUGGAGUUAAAUAUUAUUUCAU